AUGUAUGCUCCGGAAGAGAAUCUGACGGCCAGUGCCGGUGACUGGGUCUCUGGGCGUUCAUUCGGUCUUCGGCUCCAGAGGCUCCUGUGCCGAGUGAGUGAGGGAUCGAGCGACCGAACGUCGUCGGGAGCGCGGGCGGCGUUAGAUAUUUUGCGCACACUUGUCAUUCGCAAAGUGCUAGCGUGCAAAUCUCGUCGGUCGCUUUCUAACUCUUCGCGAUUUCCUCGGUUCGCCUGUCGUUCCGUCCAUCGAGCGGUCACUGGUCGUCGUCGUCGGCGGCAGCGGCGUCGGCCCACGGCGCGGCGGCGAUCCGACUGCUGCGCGUUGCCGUCGACGGCUGGAGGCAAGGGGAGGAGAGACGGAGGAAGACGGAGGAGGAGGACGGAGGGGCGGGAGGCAGGGCUCCGAAUUAGCGGAGGAGAGGCUGGCACCCGGGCCUUCUCUCUUCGGCAGCCACGAGCAGAAGAAGAGCGAGCCCCCGUGCCGAGGGCGACAGACGAACGCUCUGCGAAAGAGAGAGAGAGGGGAAGAGAGGGGGCAAGAGAGAGGGCGAUAGAGCGAGCGAGCGCUGGGGCGCGACCAGGCGAGGAAUGCGAGAGCGUGUGCCGAUCGCGUGCGGCAGCCGAUGAUGAGGAGGGCGCUCGAGAGGGCGAGCAGGAAGAAAAGCGUGAAGUCUGUAGUGGACGGAGAGGUGAGGAGAGGGAAGGCGAGGAAAAGGGACGAGAGGAGAGCAAGAAAAGAAGGGGAGGGGAGGGGAGGAGAGGGGGCAGGUGUCUAGGCGCUCGUCUGGUUGGUUGUUGGCUUGGGGUUACCGGAGUGCGAGAGGGACUUUUGGGCUUGAGCUUUAAGAGAGAGAGAGGGAGAGAGGGAGAGAAAGAGAGGGAGGGACAGCAGGGAGGAGGGAGGAAGGUGGUAAGGUUGGUUGAGAGGGCGGCGACUGAGUGCGACCGAGCGGCGCAGGAGCAAGGCAGCAGAGAGGAUUCGGAGGUUUGGCAGAACGAUUAUUGUGGAUCAUGCGAGCGGACAGUGGCGUUCGGAACAACAGCAUCUGAAGAGAUGACCUUGAAGUGA